AUGCUGCCGGGCUUAUGAGAGCGUGCCAGCGCGUCAACAGGGGAGUUAAAAGUGAGCACGAUGCGGGGCACUGAGCUGCUGCUCGGCUACUUUCUGGUGAAAGUUAUGGUUUGCGACGCGGAGGGCGAGCCGGGACAGAGCGACGACUUCAUGAUCAUGACCGCGUUUAACGAGUCCAAGGAAGGGGAGAGCGUAGUGACGGAGAGCCCGCCUGUAGAGGACAGGUGCCGCGGCUACUACGACGUGAUGGGCCAGUGGGACCCGCCGUUCGUGUGCAUGACCGGCAGCUACCUGUACUGCUGCGGGACCUGUGGCUUCAGGUUCUGCUGCGCGUUUAGGAGCUCCAGGCUGGACCAGACCACCUGUAAGAACUACGACACCCCGCCGUGGAUGAUGACGGGCAAACCUCCGCCCAAAGUGGACGUGGCGCUGGAGUCCGCGAAGGAUAAAACCAACCUCAUCGUGUAUGUCAUCUGCGGGGUCGUGGCCAUUAUGGCACUGAUAGGGAUUUUCACCAAGCUCGGUCUGGAGAAGACGCACCGGCCGCACAGAGAGAACAUGUCGAGGGCUCUUGCGCACGUGAUCCGCCACCCAGCCUCAGAACAUACGGACGACAUCGGACUCAGCCAUCACUAUGAGAACAUACAAACCAGAGUCACAGUUAACAGUCUCCAUAGCAGCCAGCUGAACAACAUUGUCAAAACGUCAACUCUGAUAGCGCAGCCCUACCCGGCAGUGGGACAGGUCGCCAGCCCCUAUGAACAACAGAAGCCUGUCAAGGAUCUCAACAAGUACGCCACGCUCAAGGCUGUGGCAGAGAAAGCCAACGACGGCUACUACAGCAACCGUCGGCAACUGAUUGAGAUGGCUACCAAGGGCAGCCUUCCUAUGGAAGCUAUGGAUAUGGAGCCAGAGCCGAGUAAUCCUUACAGCCCACCCAGACAGCUGUCGUCCAAGCACAGUGAACACAAAUACAAAAGCCCCAAGGGCCACAGCUCCCAGUCACUGUGCUACAGCUCCAGCACUGUUGCCAGCCCAGUGGUGCUAACAUCCUGGGACAGCAAGGACACGCUGGGACUGAGACACAGCUACGGCCCAACGAAACUCUGCAUCGUGGAGAAGGAGCUGCACACCACCCGCUACAUGCCCCCCCAACCGUACUUUGUCACCAACAGCAAGACAGAGGUGACGGUAUGAAGGACUGUUUGAACAUCAGGCUUCAGAGGAGUCUGUGAAGUACGGUAACUGCUGACUGAGGACAGGUUCGCAAGACAGCAGCAUAGACUUCUGUCUGUAUGUGCAGUUGUGCAUGUAAUGAGGUGCAUUUCAGAUGCCACCUACAGGUAAAGUGAUCUCUAACAGGACUUGGUAGCAAUCACCGUGCCCCAGGAAGACACAGUGAUUCAUAUAUUGUCAUCAAUAUUCAUAUAAUCCAAGCGCUAAUACAAACCACAACAGCUAAAUGUAUCAUUUAUAUCAGUGAUGAGGCAUGCAACACCUACUGAGCAGCUGUCAAUAAUCACUAAGAUAUAAAAAGAAACUGUUAUUAUAUUAUCUCAUGUCUAAAUGAGAAAAACCUUUCAUGUUCACUGUAUUAAAUCAAGUUGUCUUCGGUUGAUUGGGUAUUGAAUCAUGAAAAGGGUUAUUAACUUUGUUAAUACUAUUUCGAAAUAGGCUGUAACAGAUUACAAUUAACGAGUAGAAAUUAAUCCUAAAAAAACAUCUGAAUAAAUCAUAUCAGACCAAAUAACAUAUAUUUUAUUGACUUAUCCGAAAUGAAAAGAUCCAGUUGUCUUCAGUGUGCGACAUGAGAAUGUGAAUGAGUUCAGAAAACUGUUAAAUGAGGAUAUAGAUGGAAUUAUGGUAGAAUGUUUGUUAACUGUAUUAUUCUCACACACUAACCGUUACUGUGCUGCCAAUAAGAGCCCUCUCAAAGGAUAACUAAAAUUGUUAUUGUUAUUCAGAAAGUAUCAGAAGACCAACAUAGCCAGUUAUCCAUGCCCAAGUUUUGGCUCAGACUAUUACUGACUUGCAUAAAAGGUGAAAAAAGAGACUUACAAUUGUUCAAAAGUAUUAUUCAAAAGUAUUAAGACAAUAUAGACAUUUCAGUCUGUGAUGACGUUAACUCAUCGUCUCGAGAUCCAUUUAAAUUGUGAAAACGUAGCGUCAGUGUAGGUGUUUCAUCUUGAAGCGAAACAAAGUCACUGUCACCAGACAUCCUAUGCAUUCCCAUGACAACUAUAGGAGAAGUAGCUGCAGAGUGUUGAAACAGUGUUGUGUUGGUGUAAUAGUGCCUCUCAUCAGUACCAGCAUGUGAUUGAUUAACCUAGAAUUUACUGUGGAGGAAGCCCCCAGUCUUAGAAUGGUGAUUGGUCUUAGUCAUGAGUCCUACAUCAAGCCCCCCCGACAGAAGCUGUUUUCUCUGUGAAGACUCUGUUUGCAUUAAUGUACGCAUGCAGCAUUUUGAUCCCAAAUCUCACAUUUAAUUAAUGUAUCUGGUAUAAAAAGCAGAAAAUGAAAGAAGUAGGAGCUGAUAUGUCCAUUGUUGGAGGUUCAUUUUGAGCUGUGAAGCAAGUCAAGGUUGUUCUUGCUACACAAAUAAAUGGGUCAUCGAAAUACAUAUACACAAGUUGUUGAAUAACCAACCAUAGGUAAUUACUGUACAACAAUAUUCAUCUGCCAUUUUGUUAACUAUUUGAGCCACGGUGAAAUAAUCCCCGUCUGCUGGGAAUCUGAAAAUGUUUGGUCGACACUUUUUAUCCCAGCUGACAAACAGAUACUGAGAACUAACAAAAACGGUUGCACUGAUUUCCCAGCCAAGCAAUAGACAGGGGUGCUCACGCCUGCCUGCACGUCUUACUCAUGCGGCUGAUUAUUUCAGGCGGCGGAGGACAAGGCUGCAGUCAUCGCUGAGUGGGAAGUGGGAAUUGUUGGUAGAAAGAAUUAUUUGUGUUCUCAAGUCCAAGUCUUACAGAAACAUACAAAAUAAAUAUAACAAGGGCACAAAUGUUGCAGAUUGUCAUAUUUUGGUAGCUGUUUAUAUUGUCAGACUUUCAAAAUAACUGUGAGCACUUCUUUCCAAAAUAUGGCUAUUUAGUGCACCAUACUGUACUUACACAUAAUUGAUAAACUGUUGGAGUGUUCAUUUCACAUUUAUAUGAACAAAAUCUGUUAUUCACAAACAACUGAGAUAUGUUUUUAUUUAUGCAAACAAUGUUGUACAGUCACUUUAUAUGUGAAGUCAAAUGUGUUACUGAAAUCUCUUUUAUUACGCUACAGUACACAAUAUUUACAUCUGUAAUAAUAAUCGGUUUAAUUUGUCUUUGCUUUGCAACAUCGAGUAAUUACAACGCAACAAUCAUUACAUUUUUUGAUAAAGGUUAAAUAAAAGAAAUGCCCCCUAUAUGACCACACAUCUAAUACAGUUCACUGUGAAGGCUACCGAUUCUUUGUAUCACUGUUGGCUCACUAUCUGAUUAUUAAUGAGUGUUUAAUAUGUGUCUCUAUGUACAGUACCAAUUUACACCGGAGUAAGAUUCCCUGUUAAUAUGUUUACAGCCUCCAUCAGUUCCCGUCCUCCAUGUCUCCUGGAAAAAUAUGAUCGUUAAAAUAAUAAGAUAUAAUCCCCGCAUGUCGCCAGCGUCAAAAGCUUUCAGUCUCCACUUUGUCAUUUUUCGCCACACAGAAUUAUUUGAAAUAACAGCUAAACCAGAUAUUCAGUCUCAGUGCAGCCUGGAAAAGUGCAAGGUUCAUGAAACAGGUUCUGAAUGAGGAAAACUUCUAUGACUGCAUUUUUAGGUUCCUGUAAGAUCGAGCAUGCCAACAAUUUCAGCUUUCAUGUAUUAGGUAUAUCACAGCUUACGUUGAACAAAAGAAAUGAUUAAUGGCAAAGAGCUUCUGUAGCACAAUGGUUAUAGACUUUGUUUAACAUUCCAACUUACAGGUAAAUAAAUGGCAGUAAAUCUACUGCAGGUUUAAUUGGUUUAUUCAACUGAUUUACCUCUUUGUUUUUAACUGAAGUAAACCAAUCAUUUGGCGGAUGAUGGGUUCUCAGGUGAUGGUCUCUUUUGUUGUGUAUCCUCCUUUUUAAAUCGUGUUUCUAGCUGGUCCAACCCCUCCCCCCUCACCCCAACAGAUAGUUUCAUAACAACAUGGUCGAGAGCAGCCAAAGGAACCUCUUCCAUAUAAUAUACUACAGUGUGUGUGACUUCCUGGAUUUCUGUGACCCAGCUAUAAAAAAGUGAUGUGUCAUUAU